ACGUCUCUACAGGAAACACACACCGAGAAGGGAGCCGUGCGACGGCAACACAGAGAGCAAUCAAUCAGAUCAGAUCUGAUUAGAACAACGAGCAGUUCCAGCCAUAUCCCCCCCCAUUGAUGGAUGCCUCCGGCUGGCACACACACCGCCCGCUUGCAAAGUUGCAGUAGCUCCCGCCAGCCGUGUCGCUCCACCCGCAGUCCGUCACAGUUGCCUGGGCCGUUCCAGCAAAGUCCUGUCCUACGUCAGAGCACUCGUGAUACGUGCAGGCCCGGCUGCCACUGCCACCGGGCGGCAGGUCAGAGCACAAACACUCGCCAGUCAGGGGGUCGCACCGUGACCUGCGGGCUAGGCCACACCCAAAGGCAUCGACCGUCCCCGCCUCGAUGCUGUACCCGCGUACCGGGACCACCCCAGUUUCCAUCUGGAACUGUUGCCUCCUGCCGUGUACGCACACGGCGUGGUUGCAGCCGCUGCCGUACCAGCCGAGAUCGCACACACACUCGGCAAUCGUGUCGACGUUGAUGUCGCAGCGGCCGUGAAGGGCGCACUCGGUCGCCGGGAUGCCGUAUGCGGUCACCUCAGCCGCAGGGCAGGACGUGUACUGACAUGUUUCGCCGAAGUGGGGGUACUCACACAUGCACACGCCGGUGGUGGUGUUGCACGUGCCGGCCUCGUUGCAUACGCGGCCGUUGUGGAUGGGGCAGGCCAGCUCCUCACAAGCAAAGCCGCCGAAUCGCCCAGAACACGUACAUGUGCCAGUGGCCGUGUUGCAGGUGCCGCCGUUUUGGCAUGCCGGCACGCAUUGUGUCUCGCCGCAGUUGCCGCCUGUGUAGGGGUGGGCGCAGACGCAUGUCUGCGUGAGGGGAUGGCACUCGCCGCGGCCGCCACAGACGAGGCUGUUGUAUGUGGGGCAGUCUGCGGUGCCGAGCAGCCGCUUCGUGCCGAUGGCGAUGGUUGUUCGCGCGGAUGCAUAUGCCAGGCCGUCAUCGGAUGUUAUGGACGCCUCGAUGACGUAUCGGUCCUCCUUGAAAUUGUCGAUCGUCACCUGAGAGAGACACACACGGGCCCAUGACGAGAGACGCAUGCAGAUACGUGUGGUGUCUGGCUUACCGAGUCAAGAGCAGCGUUGACGUGAUUGAGUUUGCCCCUCAGGGACACAUAAUUGAUGCUUUGGCCACUCCUAGGGAAGACAUCAAGUCCCUCCACAUUGGACACGGUCAGCCUGGCGUCUCUGCCCUCCACCACUCUCACCACACCACCAGCAUCCCUGUUGGCCUCUAGAUUGCCCCCGAAUGCGAAAGACACCGUGUACUGCGUUGUGGUCUGGGUGAUGGGGAUGGUCAUAAUGUAUCGAGGUCCCAAAAGAUCAUCGUCGACGUGGGACGUGAAGAGGUACGGACCAUGGGAGAUAAAGCUGUACAGCUCGUGGAAAGUCCCUGCAUACACAGAGAGGGACUGUGUAACGAGGCAUUAUGUAAGUGGGUGUGUGCCAUUAUGCGCUAUGUAUGUACCAGUGCCAGGAGGGGAGUCUGCACGAUUUAGAGCAAGAGUAGAGGAUUUGGGUGUGGGGUCGGUUACAUCAAUGACACGGAUUUGCCUGUUCAUCUUUUGGAUGAACAAGUAAGGAUAGGAAAGGGCCAUCAGCCGCGGGUUCGCCAAGUUGUUGUUUAUCUCUUCCACGAACUCGAGUGUACCCGGCCGCUCGAUGAAGUACAUGUCCAGCGAGAGACUCGCAACACAGUCAUUGACGGUGUCCCUGCAGGGACACACACAUAUGGAUGCAACGAGAGACAGUGAGAGACACAUACAGUACCCACUUACGUACCAGCAUCCCUCUUUUAGCACACACGUGCCCUUGUGGUAGUCGCCGCACGCCGUCCCGCCCGCACAUGUGGUGGUGUUGUCGUACGAGAAGCAGUCGCACAGGGGGUUGUGCUGGCAGGCGCUCUUGCACUCGUCAGGACUGACGUACGUCAAGGUGCCCCCAGCGAUGUCCGUCGUCCGGCUGUUGGCUGGUGCAUUGGUGCAGUCUGUGUCAGGUGUGUGUCGCCAUGUGAUGAUCUCCCCGCGGCCAUCGGGCGAGAUGUUUUUCACCAGAAGCUCCACAAUGCGUGCGUUUGCCCUGUCGCUGACAUAGAGAGUGGGCUGCGGUGCGCUGACGUAUGUCGUGUCCCAGGGCCGGUUGAAUCCCCUGUUGCCGGUCAGCGCUACCCCGGUGGAGCCAUAUUGGGUGACAUAGGACAGGUCGCUCGCUCGCAACACCUGCAUUCAUCCAUCGAUAAAAACAACAGCCUCUGUCUGUCUGUGUCUGUGAUUUGGUGCGCUGACUGACCACAACACGGUGAUUCUCGGUGUCGGCGACAAAGACGUGGGUGGAGGAGGCAGACAUACCUCUGAAAGCAGGCGAGCAAGCAAGCAAAGAACACAGACAGACGCCUGUUGCUCCCUCCCUCUCUCGCCCUUCUCUGCCGUAUGUCGCUUGCUUGCGCGUCUCCUCCUCACUGUGGUCGGCUCAGCGUCGAUUUGUCGGAUCCUUCUAGGUUUAUGCUGCCGAACGUCUGUGUGGGAGCCAUGUAGAGCAAGAAGCCGCGGCUCCCAUGCUCGCUGCAGGUGUGAGUGAACGCCAAAUACCGAGACAAGAGAGACGAGCGAGCAGCGAUGGAUGGCCUCUGUGCAUCGUUCUCGCUCACUGACUCACUCACGUGAUGGGAUGGUUUGCAAAGCGCAGCACUCGAUGGGAAUCCAGAACGUACAGAAUGCCGUCAGCUGACACGUGCAGAUGACGGAGGUUGCAGACCCUAAGGACAGACAGACAGACAGACAAGCAGAAGAGAGACAGAGGGGGAGUCAUUGUGCGUAGUCACUCUCAAGCAACUUCUGUCUGUCUGUCUGGCUGUCUGUCUGUCUGUCUGUCUGCACCAUUCAUUCAGCUCACUUGGUGGGGUCGCCGCAACCUCUGUCUCCGCCGCGAAAGUAUGACGUAUCAAGAGUGCCUGACGCGAAGCCAAGAGGAGCAGUGUCUUGAUCGUGUAUCAGUCCGUCCUAAACACAUAUACACACACACACACAUACAUGUGUAAGUGAGGUGUCUGCCUGAAGCUCCUUCCUGCUGCUCCGACCUGGCUGGGAUUCGCUAUGGGAGUGCCGCCAGGGUACACAGGCCACGAUUGGCUCUUCAGGAUGCUGAACUCCCACCAAUCGUCAGUAGUGUUUAGCCGAGCAGCUAUUAGUCGCUCCUUCUGCAAAGGAAACACAGCCAUGCCCACUUGUAUGUAUGGCACAGACAGACGCAAUCAAGGCUCGCCAUGUACCAACCAGGUGAGCUGGGGCAAUGAGGAAGGGAUAUGUGGUGUUCAUUUCUUGUCUGUAGAUCCCAGCAGGCUCCAGAGUCACAGUGGGAGGGACAGGAUCGCUCGCAGCACUCGCUUCCCCCAUCAUAUAGUUGGCAGGGAUUGAGGCGAGGCCGGUCGGCAGCGCUGUGUAGGUCAGUAUCUUGAUGCCGG